UUGCUGCGAUGGCACGUGGCAUUUGUACUGUCUCUAUUGUAAGCGAUUGCCACGGCAACAAGAAUAGAUCAAGUCAAGUCCGACGGGAUGUUGUGGUCAGAACAACUAAUCGAAAAACAGCCAAUAACCUACAUUACGCCUGAUCAGUAUUCUCUAAAACACGUGGCACGCGGCUAGACAGUGAAAAAAUGGACGAACAGGAGUUUCAAUUUGCCAGAACAGAUUUCGAUUUGGAUGCCGUUCGCAGCCGGUUAAUAAACUGUAUCUGCGAGUUGCAAUCCCGACGGAAUGAAGUAACAUCGCUUAAAUCCGCUUUGGAUGAAACGAACCGAACGAAAGCAACGUUGGAACAAGAUGCGAAAAACUUCCAGCGUGAGCUGGUUGAUCUUCAGGACCAGCUAAAGAUUGCACUGGAUGCGCUCAAUCAGAAAGAUUCCAUCCGAAAUGGGUUCAUGGAGAAUGCCGCGCGACAGAAUGUUCAGCUCGAAGCAUUGACUAAUGACAAUGAACGAUUGAAUGCAAAGAUCCAAGCAUCGCAGGUGAGAAUUUUGGAACUGACUCGCGAAAAUAACAAACUUUUGGAGCAGAUUAAGGUUUUGCAAGGAUCGCGUAAUCAGCCGGGGGAUAGUACCGAUCGCAUUUGGAAGGCGAUGGAUACUCUCAAUAGUCAUCUUAAAAAGUUGGAGGCCGAGCACGAUGUUCUCUGUGGAACAGCUGAAUCUUCUAACAAGAUAGCCGCAGAAGCGGCUGUGGCAGUCAUCAACAGCAGGAACAACCUGUUUAACGUACAGCGAGAAAACAUCCUCUUGAAGCGGAAGAUAGUGAGUUUGGAAGCAAAAAUUGUUUCAUUUUCAUCUAACACUGAAGCAAACCAACCGGCUACAACGGAAGACGAUUCCUAUAAAAAGUUUGAAGAACAUCUGGUAGCUGUCAACAAGGAACUGGAAUUGGAACGGGAAGUUAACGUUAAACUGCGUAGUGAUAUUGCGUCAUUACUGACUCUGCAGAGCUGCUUAACCAAACCAUUGGAUGAUGACCCCAACGAGAUUGCCGAACAGCAAUCUAAGCCCGAUAUUGCGGAACCCGACGAACCCUUCAAGAUUUUCCCCAUGGAGGAGGGACCGUGAAAUAUUUGCUUUCGAAUGAAUAAACUUUACCUUUUUUUUUGCAAA